CUGGCCCGGGCCCGUGAGCGUCGGCGCUAGGACCCCGCGGGCGGGAGCUGCGGCGGGGCCUGGGUGGCCCGGGCAGCGCGGACCCCGGUUCUCGGCUCCCGGCGCCAUGUGAGGGGGUUCGGGGGCCGCGGGGGGCCUGGCGCUCCCCGGCGGAGAUGAGGAAACUGAGGCUCAGAGAGGUCACAUGGCUUGCUCGAGGCCCCCCAGCCAGUGUGACCCCACAGCCUUGCCCCCCGGGCCACCUGCAGGACGCUGGCCCCUACCCCUCAGCAGACGCCGGAGAGAGAUGAGUGGAAACAAAGAGCAGCGGUCAGCAGUGUUUGUGGUCCUCUUGGCUCUCAUCACCAUCCUCAUCCUCUACAGCUCCAACAGUGCCAACGAGGUCUUCCACUACGGCUCCCUGAGGGGCCGCACGCGUCGGCCUGUCAACCUCAAGAAGUGGAGUUUCUCCAACGCCUACUUCCCUAUCCUCGGAAACAAGACGCUGCCCUCCCGGUGCAACCAGUGUGUGAUCAUCACCAGCUCCAGCCACCUGCUGGGCACCAAACUGGGCCCCGAGAUUGAGCGGGCUGAGUGCACCAUCCGCAUGAACGAUGCUCCCACCACGGGCUACUCGGCGGAUGUCGGCAACAAAACCACCUUCCGCGUAGUGGCCCAUUCCAGUGUGUUCCGUGUGCUGCGGAGGCCCCAGGAGUUUGUCAACCGGACCCCUGAAACGGUGUUUAUCUUCUGGGGCCCCCCAAACAAGAUGCAGAAGCCGCAGGGCAGCCUCCUGCGCGUCAUCCAGCGGGCGGGCCUCGCCUUCCCGAACAUGGAGGCCUACGCCGUCUCUCCCACCCGCAUGCAGCAGUUUGACGACCUCUUCCGGGGUGAGACGGGCAAGGACAGGGAAAAGUCCCACUCCUGGUUGAGCACGGGCUGGUUUACCAUGGUGAUUGCGGUGGAGUUGUGUGACCAUGUGCACGUGUAUGGCAUGGUCCCUCCUGACUACUGCAGCGGCCCCGCCUGCAGCGCAUGCCAUACCACUACUAUGAGCCCAAGGGGCCCGAUGAGUGUGUCACGUACAUCCAGAAUGAGCACAGCCGUAAGGGCAAUCACCACCGCUUCAUCACCGAGAAGAGGGUCUUCUCAUCCUGGGCCCAGCUCUACGGCAUCACCUUCUCCCAUCCCUCCUGGACCUAGUCAUCCUGUCCUUACAACCUCGGAGAGAUACAGGCAGAGUGGCUCUGGGCUCAACCAUUUGACCAUGGCCAUCUUCCAGCCAGUUUGGGCUGGCUGGAGUAUUUCCCAGUCAAUCAAAUCAGGGCCUUGAUGAGGGUUUUUCCUCCAGCCAAUCAGGGCUGGAGUUAUCUAUUGGCCAAUCAGGGAUUUGGAAUUCUGUAUGGUUUAAUCGGGUGUCAGGGGGUCUUUCUUGUCUAGUCAGGGUCUGAGCAUCGUCAAUCAGGGUAUAGGGGUCUUUCUGAGUCAGUCUGAGGCUUACGUCAUGUCCUUUCCUGUAAGGCCUUGCAUCAGAGCCCCGGGAAUGGGCCCCAAAUCAUUCCCUCCUUAGCUGGGACAAAGGUCUGUCCCAAGGAUUUGGCCCACAGUUCCAGAAUCAGAGAUACCGUAUGGGGUAGGAGCUGCCAGGAGGCCAGGCCAGAGAGUUUGUGGAGUUCUGGAAAUGGUAGGAGGCCUGUGUCCAGGUCCUGGCUUCUUCCCGAGUGACCUUGGACAAGCCCUCCUCUCUUUCUGGCAUACUAUGAGAUCACAUUCCUGUGUGCAGACAGACUCACUCUCCAUUGUACUUAAGUGUAAAUUCCCCCAGCUGUCAUCCCUCACUGGGGACUCAGCUCCCUGGGGAUGGGGAGCCGGGGUACUCUUCCCCACCUCCUGGAAACUUUAGGGUAUUUUUGUGUAAAUACCCCUGUGGUUGAAGAACUCGGGCAGAUGUGGGACAAACACACAGCUGUUUUCUUAGCGGCUGUCAGUCCAGCUGCCAUUAGCCUGGCUCCUGUCGGCCAGGCGUCUCUUCCUACCCUGCAGCAGGAGAGCGGUCCCUGCUGCCCGAGGAGCCUUUGGGAUUGAGAAAGGGUACCCCGCCACACCAGGACAGCCUUUGUUUAGAGAUGCUGAGGAUUUGGGGGAGAAGUGUCUCCCUCCGAGUUUGGGAUGGGAAUAGAGACACAGGAGCUGGGUUACCUGGGUUCUGUCCCCUGCUCAAGCACUUUAUUAAAGUUGGGGCUGGGUGGGGUGUGUUUAAUUCCCCCUCUUCCACAGCCUUCGAGGGAAGGGCUUCCAAAAGGAGGCUGUGGAUUGCGGGGUAGGGGCUGGCCAGCUGUGAGUCCUUGCACACUGGGGUAAUGGGGGGCAGCGACAGUCCCAGAUCUGGUUUUGUAAUGAUUUAUACAGAAAUAAACACACGUAAGCCCCAGCUCA